CAGGUUCAGGCUCUAGUGCUUGUGCUUUGGGGUGCCGAUGAGGGCCACCUGGCGUGUCCAGAUGCCGCAGGAGGUGGCAGCAGGUGAUGUCCGAUGUGUCGGCUCUUCCCAAGGAUGGCUUGUGGGCGUGGCACCCGUCAGGGAUCAUGGGGCCUAUUACAGAAAAUUCGAUGGCGAGUGCUUCAUGGUGAAUGCCUUCUCGUACGAGGUGGUGCAUCUGCCACAUCUGAGCACGUUCAACCAUGGGCUUUCUGGUUACUCUCGUAUGGCUCUCCCGGUCAACAAUGGCUUUGGUGAGGUCUACUUCACAACCAAUGACAAAUAUACAAUGUCGCUCCGCAAAGUGGUACUAUCUGCUUCACCUGACUCAGGGUCCAAGUGCAUCGUGGUUGCUUCGUCGUUCCACACCAUUACACAAACACUUGCUCUCUGGCAGCCUGGGAUGAAGUCUUGGCAUGUUUGCGAUGGCCUCCCAAUUGUUGGGCCCAAAGAUUUUUCCUUCUACCAGGGGAAGCUGCACGUGCUCUUGAGGUUCAUUCCACGCCUCUAUGCCUUUGAACUCGAGGAGGAUGAUCGUGGGGUCGUCGUCUCUCGUGUUGUGCAUUGUGUGAUUGAGCCACUUCAUGAACACCGCAUUCAGGCUCGUGGUGUAUUGAGUUGCAACAUUGUGGUGUGGCGUGGCAACCUAUUAUUAAUCAUCAGAAGGUAUGAUACUACUGAGAAGUUGUGUACCCAGCGCGCCCUUCAUCAAGUUCAAGUGUUUGCACUGGACUUCAGCACAAACCCUUGUGGACUCACAGAGAUACACAGCUUUGAUGGUGAUAGUAUCUUUGUUGACUCAUGCGGGUGCAAUUCCUUUCCUGCUGGUCUGUAUGAUGGGGUUGAAGGUGAUCUUGUGUACUUUGUUGAUCAAUAUAGUAAAUAUGAGUAUGUGGGUGGUUGUUUCAACCCUUCUUAUGAUACAUUUGUGUACAAUGUGAGAAAUGGUACAGCAAGGCCUUUUGCUGUCGAGUUAUCACCAGAUAACUUUGGGGUACCAAGGGGCAAGUUGGAUAUUCCGUUGUGGUUGUUAACCUCCAAAUGA